GACCAGUGAGGUGAUUCUGUCAGGAAACUGGUAAGAUCUAACUGAUAAUCGUAUGUAUAUACGAACCUGGUUUUUCUUUAUGCAAAUAAUUAUAAUUUUUAUCGAAUUUAAUUUGUGUGGUUAAUUAUGUAAUCGUUGAUUUUUUGAGGAUCGUUUUUGAAGAAUUGUUCUAAACGUGUGUUUUUGAGAGUUGUGAAUUUUGUUAUGGAAGAGAUUUGUGUGACGUAGUUUUUGUGUGAACAAACGAGGUGAUUUUGUCAGGAAAUUAAAUAUCGUAAUUGUAUUCCCGGGAUUCAAUUAACGGGGCUGCCAAUUGUCAACGCGACCAUUUGCAGCCAGAGAGCAACCCCAAUAAUUGGAAAAUGUCCGGAUUCGCUGCGGCGGGUCUCGUGGCUUUCGAUUCCAUCAAGUCCAAAGCAUCGCAAAAACUAGCUGGAUUCAGAAGAAGCAAUGCUGGCUACGAGGAAUUCGAAACGCCCCGUGAGGGUAGCAAAGACAAUAAGGGAUUCGAAGAUGAGAGAGAAUACAGUAGACAAGCCUCGUUCGAAUCGCUCCCGGAACCUGAACGGCCCCCAUUGCGUCACAUCGAUACUUACUGCAAGCCAGAAUGCCCCUGUCUAUCGAAAAGAUAUACCAUCGCCACUUUGGCUUGUAUAGGAUUUGUGAUCUCGUUCGGUAUGAGGUGUAAUAUGGGAAUGGCAAAGAUGGCAAUGAAGAAUGCCACCGAAGACAAUGACAACCACACUCUCAGGUUCAACUGGACAGUUGGAACAGAGAGCGCCCUUGACUCGUCCUUCUUCUGGGGUUAUCUGCUGACCCAAGUGCCAGGAGGAUUCGUCGCCUCCUUGUAUCCCGCGAACAAGAUAUUCGGUGCUGCGAUCGCCAUAUCCUCCUUCUUAAACUUGCUCGUACCUGGCGCACUCAAAGUGGACCCCAUCGUUGACAUGAUUGUACAAGUUAUAAAAGGUUUGGUGGAGGGUGUCACGUAUCCAGCUUGCCACGGUAUUUGGAAAUAUUGGGCACCACCGUUGGAGAGAUCUCGCUUAGCAACGCUGGCAUUUUGCGGUUCUUACGCUGCUAUGGUGAUAGGAAUGCCCCUUUCCGGUUGCUUGACCACGAUCUUCGGCUGGACAGCGUCCUUUUACUUUUAUGGUAUGUGCGGGUUGAUUUGGUACUGUUUCUGGCUGUGGCUGGCGUUCGAGAAGCCAUCGAAACACCCUUGCAUCUCGGCACGCGAGCUUCGUUACAUCGAAGACUCCCUUGGCCAAGGACAAACCCAAAUGGCCAUGCCGACAUUCGCCACGACGCCUUGGCGGAAGUUCUUGACUUCCAUGCCGGUGCACGCCAUCAUCGUGGCUAAUUUUUGCAGGUCCUGGAAUUUCUAUCUGCUGGUGCUUUUUCAAGCCCGUUUUAUGCACGAAGCUUUCGACAUGGCUCUGCUCGAGACUGGUGUCAUCGGUUCGCUUCCACACUUAUUGAUGACGAUGAUCGUGCCUUUGGGAGGAUUGUUGGCCGAUUACAUUCGAAAGCGUGGAAUACUAUCGACGACGAAUGUCAGGAAGCUGUUCAAUUGUGGCGGUUUCGGUAUGGAGGCUCUUUUCUUUUUGGUGGUGGCUCAUGCGACAACGAAAAAAAAUGGAAUGGCGGCGAUUAUCGCGCUGGCGUUCGGGGUUGCCUGCAGUGGUUUCGCCAUUUCCGGUUUCAACGUGAACCAUUUGGACAUUGCGCCGAGAUACGCCAGUAUCUUGAUGGGGAUGUCGAAUGGAGUCGGUACGAUAGCGGGAUUGCUGGUACCCAUCUUUGUAGACCACAUCACAGAGAAAAAGGAUACUCAGAGUUGGAAAAACGUGUUUAUUAUAGCAGCAUGUGUUCAUAUAUUCGGUGUAACAUUCUAUGCGAUUUUCUGUUCCGGUGAAUUACAACCUUGGGCUGAUCCUAAUAUGGAAGAACAAAAGAAUUUCGCUAUGGAUGAAUUUGGACAAGCAAAGCCACCUAUUCCGCCACCACCGAACACUAUGCAAUCCGAAUUUAUCAAACAACCAUCCAUGGGAGGUGGAGCGACCGAUGAUUGGAGUAAUUAUGAUCAACAACCCGUGGACAAUAUGUAUGCUCAACAGGAGAAACCAGUGAUAAGUUAUGGGUCGACAGAAACCAACACCAACAAUCCCUUCCAUUCGACGAAUCCCUUCGCAAGUGAUAUAAACGCGAGCCUGGUACAACCACCAACGAUUAAUGAUUAUGCGUACGACGUAACACAGCAGAAUCAACAGUGGAAUUAAAUUCAUCGAUCCUUCAACUAAUUGGACGGACGUAAGAAAAUAUAUUUAAGAUAUCGAUAAUUUUUUAAUCAAUUACGUUUAUUUCAUAAUUGCGUCUAGUACUUCCAUAUUUUUUUUAUUCGUUGUUUAUUGAAAAAAAAUUUUUUUUAGGUUAGGUAGGAAAUAUUUUUAUAAUGUUCACAAAAAUAGUUACUUAUUUUUUCUAAAAAUUAAUUAAACAAGUAAUUCUUUUGUUGUAGAAAAAUAUACGUAAAUUAUGAUAGAAUUAAAUUUUUAAAUGUAUAUUAAAAUAUUUAAUUAUAUUAGAGAAUUAAUUUUUUUUAUAAGAAAUGCGUAUCUUUUUCAUCGUUUCAGCAAAAGUUAAUUAUUAAAAUAAAAAUAAAAUUAAAAUAUUUGUGAAAGGAUGGAAUAUAUUGAAAUAGGUUUUGUUACAUUUCUAAGUUAAAGUAAAAGUAAGUAACUAUUAAGAAAUUGGAGUACUAGAGGCUUAUUAAAUGAAUAUGAAAUAAUUUCCUAUUAACUUUUGAUUUUAUCUUAUAUCGAUAGAGUAUUGUCGGCUUUAUAUUUUGAAUUAAGCAAAUGUUCUCUUUUUACAAUACCUAAGAGUGCAGGGUAUGGUGCUGUUGAUGCGUACAAAUGAAAUAAACGUAAAGAGAAAUUUAGCCGCACAAAAAGACUUAAAUUAUUUAGGAAAUUAUUAGAAAAUCAAAUGAAGUAAUUGAACAAUUUUUUAAAAAAAAGAUUCAAAUAGAAACAAAAAUAGAAAAUCAAAAAUGAUAUCAAAAAGUAAAAUGAAAGUAAAUAUUUUAUAAACUUGAAAUUGGUCUACUACUUAAAAAUAUCCACUAUUUAAAUUAUAAGGAAAAAAGUGGAUAUAAAAGAUCAAAUUUAUAAAAACAAAUGAAAGUUAUAAUGAUCUUUUUAAAGAAAACAUUUAAGCUAUUGCUAUUUAUUUAUAAACUUUAUGGAAUUGAAAAAAGUUAUUUAUAUGAACAUAUAUGCAGACAAUAAGCAACUGCCAAACCUUCAUAGACAAUAAUUUAAUAAUUGAUGACAAUAAUAACAAGAAGGUUUGGUCAAAUAAUAGCACAGGAAAUAUAUUCAGCACGAUCGCUGAAACUUUUAGGUAUUUUUUAGAUUUUUCAUUUUGGCACUAAUAGCAAAUAAUUCAAUGAAAAACUUUAGAAACAUAGCAAUAAAAAAACCAAUAUUGAGAAUAUUGAUUGAAAAAAAAUAAAAA